AUGGUCAGAAUAAUCAAGACAAUACAGCCCAAGCAUGUUGAAACCUUAUCUCCUUUCGUCAGCGAAUUCGGAAAAACCGCAUGCUCCAUAUCUCUGCCCCUCCUCCCACAACAUCUCGCACAAUUUCCUACAAGAUGGCCUUUUCCCCGUGGCGACCUUUAUCAUUGGAUCUCUCUCUUGAAUCGCUUCGAUGUGAUACUUGAAAGAUUUUGCACAACAUAUAAACUCGCAGAUGGCCCUCAAAAGGUGGACUUCGGUUGUGAGAUGCUGAAGUCGAAUGUAGGAGCAGCAGCGGAUGAUACGAAGACCUAUGACCUGUUGGAGCUGGGCUAUGGAGAAGAUGGAGAUAGACAAUUGAUCGAGGCGAUCUUGAAAUUCUCAAAGAUGCUUCUGGAAAAUUGUGGCAAUCGCAGUAUUUAUUCCAGCAGUCCGCAUCUGGGGAGCUUGCUCAAUACUACGUCUUUGUCAUUACUCGAGAAUACUCUUCUUGUUUCAUCCCAAUUAGCCCAGAGAUACAACUCUGCUAUGAAGCGUGUCGGAUCUGCUAGGAGUACUAAGCAUCUAUUGGCAGAGCAUUACAAUAUCGAUCUCAACAGAGUUCUUCAGCUGGCACUGCCUUUCAGCAAGACUACCACUAGUUCUCCAGGCUCGGGGCACCCAACAACACCCGGAGCCAAAGGCAAGGAGAAAGACAAGGCCUAUUUCAACCUUCCAUUAAGCCCCAAGAAUUCAACAACUGUUGUCUAUGCAAACGAUCUUGUUUCCAUAUACAAAGGCGGAUCGGGUGUCAGUACAAAUACAAAGAGCCCUCGUAGGAGUUCAGUUAAUACUGCUUCACCUCAAUCGCAAGCAAGCUGGGAUGAAUGGGGCGAUGUCAGAAUGACUUAUUAUCCUAAAGUCAAGACUGAAUCCGAGCCGGCCAAUAAUGCUUUGAAGCCAGUCGAGACUGUUCCUAUCCCUUCUGGACAACCGCCCGUCACUCCAACACCUGUUCGCAGAUCAUCUAACCUUGGCCCGAACGCUCAACGCGCGAAUAGAUCGUCGGCAACCGAAGAAACAUCCCCAGUAUUGGCACGCACUCCAACAAUGCCUGCGGACGAUGCCCAACGACAGAAUGCUAAAGUCAUAGAGAUUUCUUCAGCAAAGCUCAGAUCCACAGAUAUCUAUUCUUUGAUGGAGGAGUAUAGUUUGGACCUUCCCCAAGAUCUGCAAUAUGAGCUAUUUACAAAGAUUCGGAUUGCAAAAGCUCUCAUCUCUUCAUUGGAGACUCGACAACAGGCUCUCGUGAUUAGAAUGCUUGCUGUUGCAAAUAUGGCUAAUGUCUACGCCGAACCAGUCUUCCUUGAGAACAUCAUGAAACAAGACAGCGACGAGCCAAAGCGUUUACAAUUUAUCUAUCAGGUUGCUGAUUUGGUGCACCCACCGGCCGAAGGCGACAUCGCUGUCUCUACAUACAUGCAAACGCUGGCAUUUUCGACGCUCGAGGCUAUCGCGGGUAUCUCAUCAAAAUUUCAAGAUGUCUGCAAAGCUCUGAAUACUACCAUAAAUCAUGGUGUAAUGUUGUAUGUCAUCCGUAAAGCUGUGGCAGAGAUGGCUGUGGAAGAUCUCGGUGACAAAUUGACAGAAAAGGAUCAGUGGCGAAAUGCUUUAUUCUCACUCAUGACCAGUCUCUGCCAAUACCCCCGCACUGCAGAGGGUCUUGUCACAGCUGGCUUGAUACCUAUCAUGAUCGAAAUUCUUGGCCUUCGCACCACUGUGGCCCAGCGCUAUCAGCCGAAAACUUUGUCGUUCCUGGACAAUGUAGUGUACAGUGCUCGUGAAGCCUUUCAGAUAUUGGUCAAUGCAAAUGGCCUUGAUCGAGUUUCUGAUCUGAUUGUUCACGAGACCACAGUUGCCUCAGGCAUUGCAGAAUCCGGCAGUGUAAUGCCAGUCGAACAUCGUUCACCAUCUACUGAUUAUGAAGUCCCUUUCUAUCAACAACAAAUCUUGAAAUGGCUAUUCAAAUUCAUUCACCAUAUGAUGUCAUCUGCGAAUAGUUACGGAGGUAACUUUGAUCGUAUCUUGCGCAACCUUAUCGAUUCUUCACAACUGCUUGGUAGUUUGCGUCAAAUCAUUGGAAAUGGCCGCUGCUUUGGUUCCAUUGUCUGGACUAACGCCGUUGGCAUUCUAAAUGGUUUUAUCAAUAAUGAGCCUACGAGCUUUGCAAUCAUUGCAGAGGCUGGUUUGAGCAAGGGAUUUCUAGAGGCGGUCACCGGUAGUCCACUUGUGUUACCAUCACCCAAGGAACCCAAGGAAGAAAAAGAUGUUAGGAGGCGGCGGCGUAGUUCCGCACGCAUCCCUCUCGAAGGACCUGAUGGGGAUAUCGCAUCAUCUGAUGAUGAAGAGGAAGACUAUGACGACGACGAUGACGAUGAUGAUGAUGGACCCCUUUUUGAUCUCACGACCACACAACCGCCAACACUAGCGAUGCUUCAAGCUCCCCGCGAUGGCCCUCUUGCCCGCGGCAUUAUGCCAACCCAAGAGACCAUCAAUAUCAUCCCUCAAGCAUUUAGCGCGCUCUGUUUGAAUAACACUGGUAUGAAGAUGUUUCGAGCCUCUCAUGCUCUGCGUUCAUUCUUCGAGAUAUUCGAGAGCCCUGAGCAUGUCAAAUGUAUGGAGUCCAAUGGAGAGUUGCCAUCCAAUUUAGGCGCCACUUUCGAUGAAUUGGCACGUCACCACCCAACUCUCAAGGGCGAGAUCAUCAAUGCCAUUCUUGUUAUGGUUGUCCGAGUUGGAUAUUUAUGCAAAACAAAGGCAGAGAAAGAUAGAGCUGGCGCUAAAUUGUGGGAACACGAUUCGGCCGGUAACGUCAUUGCACUAGGCGCCGCUUCAAACAGCCCCUCAGAUGCGAAAGGAAAGGGCAAGGCUGUCGAUAGUGGCAGUGAUGUUGAGAUGCGCGAUGCCGAUGACACUGCAUCCACUCCAGUAUCAACCAAAGAACCCGAUAUCUCCAUGACACCAUACAUUACCUCUGUCGCUUCUUUCCUUGCCACUGUAUUAAACAAUUCAUCGGUUCGUAGCGAAUUUUGUGCUAGAGGUGGAAUUGAGUAUGUGCUUGAUCUCGCUGAAUCUCAAAGUCUGCCAGCAAAUUUUGGAGACGGAAUUUCUUCGCGCAAUUUGCAGAACGUUAUUGCUCUUCUCGCCGAGCAAAAACCAUACCUCGUGAUUCCAUCUCUUUUGAAGCGAGCUCAGGCUGCCGCAGAUGUCCUUGAGCCAUUUGCCAAACACGAUCUCAGCACAUCUUUCUUUGCUCCAUUUGUGGACAGUCAAAGCCGUGAACAUGCCGACGAAAAGAUAUUGGCUCAAGGCACUGCUUUCGCGAAAGCUUUUGUCAACGUUCAUUCAUUGGUCGCCAAUUUGACCGCUUCCAUACAGGGAUCUCCAUACAGUCACAGGAACACUCCAUCUGGCUUCAACUCCAUGAAUUUCGCUGAUCACUACAACCGUUUGAUUCAAACCCUUGGCCCACUCUUAGGCGCAUCUCUCAAGGAAGAAAUCUUGUUACAGAGACUUGUUCCAAAGAGCUGGCAACAAAUACCAUCAGCACGAAUCAAGGAUAAUGGAAUUAGCGAUAUGAUCCCAGACACUGUUGUUAGUACAGAACCAUCUCCGCCUGUUGCAAACGUUUCAACAUCAACUGUCGAACCUGACACUUCAUCUCCAUCCGUUGACGUUACGGCCUUGCCUGUUGCGCUGCAAACAGAGCUUGCGAACGCAAAUUCUACUUCGGAUACACCCGCGAAGCCGGCGAGUCAAUCAACUCAGAACGCUUCAGAACUUCAGAGCCUCGGAGCUUUGAACAAUUCUGCUCAAUUCCGAAACUUUGGCACGUUGCGCUACCUCCUUGGUAGAAUGCCUCGAGUUAUUGGUCCGUUUUUCCAGAACGUUGGCAAGGUCCUUCUUAGUAGGAGGAAUCCGGAUCCAUACUACAGACAAAACCAUACCACUAUUGCCGAAGCUUUGUCUGAGUCUGUGCUCAAACAACUGGCACGUCCAGGUGAUGAUAAUAGUAUCGACAACUACUCUUAUUGGAUCGGAUUGUUACAUGUAUUGAAAGAUAUGUUAGUCGACUCCUCACGUCAUGCAGAUCGUCAGAUCCAAACCAUCAGUAUUGUCUUGCAAGCUUUCAAGGAGCGUUCUGGAUUUACUACCCUGAACCGUAUUCUAGAAGCUUUUACUUCUGAAAUCCGUGCUGGCAAUAACAACUCAAACGAGCAACAAGGGGAAAAUAAGACACCUGAAAAGACCAUGAGGUUUGAGUUGGCGACUAUUGGUGCCAAACAGAUUCUUUCCUUGUAUGCAAUUCUUGUCAAUUCAAAGCAUAUUAUAGAAGUUCCGCAAACUGUGGCUAUGAUACCUCGCAGUGAACGAGAUCGCGAUCGUUCUCGGUCCGACUCUUUCACACCCGGCCAGUUCGUGGUAGAGCUUCGCAUGGCAAUUCUUCCUACUGUCCGAGGUCUGUGGGAAUCUGAUUUGAUUGAAAGGGCCCCAAGCCAAAUAUCAGAGAAACUCAUUGAAGUAAUUCGUACUAUUGCCUCAACGGAAGGUGAAACUGGAGCUAUCAAGAGAACUACCGAAAACCAAUCGGCUCGACAGCCAAAAUCUCUCCGAAAGGCCUUCAAGAUCAAUUCUGACAGUGUGACCACACUCAAAGAACAAGGUUAUGACGAAGACUUAGCCAAGGAAGCCCUGUAUCGCUGCUUCAAUAAUCUUACCAAUUCAACUGACUAUUGCAAGGAACACAAGAGAGAAAGAACUCGCGGGCGCUGUCCAAUUCCUGACGAUGACAUCGAGGUUGCUCCCGAGCCUGUUGGUAAUUCUAGACCUUCAAGUGGAUCCACUGGAACAGCAAGCCCAAAUGAGCAAUCCAUUGCCACUGAUCCUACCCAAACGGAUGUAACAGCGAUCAUUAACUCACUUCAAACAGUAGCUACAGCUCCAACAUCCGGUCAAACAGGCGCCCCUGAGCCAGCAAACGAUCCUUUCACUCCUCAGGGCUUUAAUUGCAUGAUGAACCAACUCGCCCCUGGCUACGAGAACGGCGCCGGAUCAAGUGCGCCUCGUGAAAGUUCUGCGUCGAACCCUACACAAUCUAUCAAGGUCGAAGAGCCAUCCUUCAAGCAAGUCACCGUUGAUGACUUGAAUGAUGAACGAAAGCUUAUUCGAGAUAAUUUGAUUGAUAAGUGCUUAGAUGUCAUCAAUGCUCAUGGCGAUGUUACCUUUGAAAUAUCUGACUUGAUUACUACCGUGGUCAAUAAAUCUCCAGAUCACUCUGGACUGAGGAAGAUUGUCGCCGAAACACUUGUUGUUGCUCUAAUGUCAUUCGCAGGUGCUGAGGAUGUCCGCACUGAGGGUAAUAAGAUUGCUGCUUAUGCUCAUUUAUUGGCGUUGAUGUUGCGUGAAAAACAAUUCUACGCUGCUGCACUGGGAGAGCUCAAGGAAAAUCUCCCUACUUUACUCAGUUUCGUCAAGUUAUCCCCUUCGCAUUCCGCCGAGGAACCAUCACCUUGGAUCGCACAGAUUCUUCUAAUUGUUGAAAUGCUUUUGAGCGAAGACGCCAAGCCAAGAAAGGCUAAGUGGACACCACCAAAAGAUGAAAAUGAAAAGGUUGUGGCACCUGUCCUUGAGCAUGUAGAGCUCGCAGUAUCCGAUGAAGAAAGAUCUCAACUAUUAGAGUCUAUCCUGGAUAUUCUUCCACGAAUUGGAAAAGAAGAAUCCCUCGCACUUGCUGUACUUCGAAUCCUUGUCAUACUGACACGUACCCGCUCAGUUGCGCAAGGCAUGGGUGAAAAGAAAAACAUCCAGCGAUUGUUUGUCAUGGCAAAGCAGCUUGCAGGGGCCAGUUCAACUCGCAUUCACAGCCCUCUUUUGCUCAUCCUUAGACACAUAGUUGAGGACGACGAGACUAUCAAACAGAUCAUGCGAUCAGAUAUCAAGGCAUUCUUCGAUCACAAUAUUCGGCCACAGCGAUCCCCGGUUGAUCUUCAAUUGUACUUGAGAGGAUUGCAACAUCUCGCCAAUCGUGCCCCGGCACUAUUUGUUCAAGUAACUAACGAGAUGGUCGAAUAUACAGGAUGGCCUUUCCCAUCGUCUGAACAGACAGCUCGGGUACCAUCGUUAUUACUCAAGGGUGAUCCUCCAAGUGAAAGUCCAUCCACAGCCAAGGCUUCUGAAGAUGCUGUCCAGCCAACCGUGCAAGCCACAGAAGACCUUACUCUUCAAGAUCUUAAACCAUCUACUGAAGUUAUUGAUACUGACAUGCCGGAUGUUGCAAAGGCAGUGUCUCCAGAGUAUAAAACACCCGUAGUCGAGAAUCCAGAUGGUGUCAUUCACUUCCUACUAUGUGAACUCUUGAAUUAUAAGGAUGUGGAAGACAAAGAUCGUCCAACCACUAGCCAUGCCGACAAGUCUACUUCGCCUGAACAUAGAGACGUCGCCAUGGUUGGUGCACCAUCCGUACCUGACUCACCUGUACCCAAAGAUGGGCAAUCUACCCAGGAUUCCACAAAACAGGAAUUCAAAGGCGAGGAGCAUCCCAUCUACAUUUACAGAUGCUUCCUGCUGCAAUGCCUCACAGAACUUUUGGCUGCUUACAAUAGAACUAAGAUCGAGUUCAUUAAUUUCAAGCGUAGCGCUCCUCCUCAGGCGAUGACGCCUUCAAGGCCUCGAUCUAGUGUGCUUCACUAUCUUCUUUCUGAUCUUUUGCCCAUUGGAACACUGGAUUACCCAGAAACCACCACAAUUCGUAAGAAGCUAACCACAUCGCACUGGGCCGACUCUGUUAUCACUGCUCUGUUGAACAAGACUGGAGAACAAAUCCUUGAUAAGCUCCGAGAGCAAAGUGAUGGAGAAGAUGAGCCCGAUCUCUUGUUCGUGCGACGUUUUGUCCUAGAGAAUAUUCUCAAGGCUUACAAAGACGCAAGCGCUUCUACCGAGCCUCUUGAGAUUAAAUAUGCCAGGAUGCUCUCACUUGCCGAUCUCAUGAUGCAUAUAAUGACUGGAAAGGAGAAUUUAGGAACUGCAGAUACUUCUGUCAGCAAGAGAUCCCAGAUGCAACUCAAGCGUAUUAUGUAUGAGAAGGGAUACAUUGCAGCUUUGACUGCCUCGGUAGCAGACAUCGAUCUCAACUUCCCUGGCGCAAAGCGAGCUGUCAAAUAUAUCCUGCGGCCCCUGAAGCAGCUCACUCAUCAUGCUAUCUACCUUAGUGAAAACGCACUUAUAUCUUCACCCCCAGGACAAGCUGACGACGAUGACAUUGAGUCUGCCACUUCAGUGUCAGAUCUCGAAGACGACCGAGAAGAGACACCUGAUCUAUUCCGAAACUCGACUUUGGGUAUGUUUGAGCAAGGGGAAGAGGGCGAUACAUCAUCUGAUUCCGAAGAUGAUGACGAGGACAUGUACGAAGGUGAAUACGAUGAUGGUAUGGAGUAUGAAGAGGAAAUGGAGCAAGACGAUGAGGAAAAUGUCAGCGACGAAGAUGAUGAUGAAGAUGGCAUGGGUCCUAUCGAAGGUCUUUCUGGCGAUCAUGGUGUUGACGUCGAAGUCAUCAUGGAAGACGAAGAUGAAGAUGAUGAUGACGACGAUGACGAUGACGAUGAUAGCGAAGAUGACGAUGAUGAUGACGAGCAUGGUUCUGACGGUAUGGAGGAAGAUGAUGCUCGUAUCGAAAUUCUCGAUGAAGCCGGAAAUGUCCAAGAGCUUGCCGAAGACGAAGAUAUCGAUGACUGGGAAAGCGAAAACGAUGAGGACAUGCAGGAAGACGACGAGGAAGAUUUCGAAGAAGGCUACGAAGGACCAGGAGGAGACAACGAAGCUGCACACGUUCAUUCCCAUUCCAUGGGUGACAUGGGCCCCAUUGGGAACCUUGUUCGUGUGCUUGCCGGCGCUGGUGAUGAAGAAGAUGCCGUUGAAAUGCUUCAACGUCUGGAAGAAGAAGGCGUUGGUGAUCCGGAAGAUGAUGAGGAAGAACCUUUAGGUGAAUACAUGGAAGAAAUCGAAGAAGAAGAAGAUGAAGACGACGAGGAUGAUAUGGAUGAAGAGAUGCUCUUUGAGCACGCAUACCCAGCGGACGGCCCUGGUCCUAUCUUUGGUUGGGAAGGAGAUGUUGAGCCUCCAAUGGUCAUCAGCCACCGUGGACAUCAAGGCCGACAUCGCCAUGCAUUCCCCAGUCCUUUCCCAUUCCUUCCUGGAGGUUCGCGCGAUCCACUUGGUGGUAGGUUACAACUCUUAGAAUCAGAACUUAUGAGCAGUUUUCUCGCAGAAAGACAAGCCGUCUCGGACCUAGCGGCAAUCGAGGAUGGCCUUCAAAGACAGAAUAGGACUGAUAGAAUUGUAGUACCAGAUUUCCGUUACCGAGCACAUAGAUCCGGUGCUCCACCCCCAUAUUCCAUGGAUGACGGCACAAACCCUCUACUUCAACGUAAUGGCCCAAGCGCUUUAAGCAGACCUGGCCAUCGAGGACCUCAAAUCGGCAGCUGGAUUCAAGCACCGGGACCCGGCGGCAACUUGAUAGACAUGAGUAGCGUUCUUGGCGGACGUGCUUUCGGUGAUAGCCCUGAACAAAUCCUUGACAUGAUCAGAUCCUUACGUAUCCCAGGAUCAAUCGCUCGUAAUGGACAAGCUUUACAGUUUCAUAUUACCGCUGGUCCUGGUCAGUUGCCUAGAGAACUCGAAGCAAUGUUUGGAACACGUCGUCCUCGUAAUGACAAUCACCGUGAUACCAGCGAGCCUGGAAGCGCUACAUCUUUCUCUACUCAAUGUACAGCUGCAAGAUGGUCAGAAGAGUCUAAGCUACUCUUCGGACCAAGCAAUGUUGAGAACGCUCAAGAGCUCAAGAAUGAACUCAUGGCAGCGCUCGUACCUCCUGCCAUUGAAGCUGACAAAGUUCGCAAAGCAGCCGAACUGGAACGAAUCCGCGUACUGGAAGAAGAAAAGAAGAAGCGAUUAGAAGCAGAAAAGCUGGCUAGGGAAGCCAAGGAGGCAGAGGAGAAGGCAGCCAGAGAGAAGAAAGAGGCUGAAGAGAAAGAGGCAGCUGAAAGAGCUGCAGCUGAGAUGGCGGCUGCUCAAAGUGCCCAGGCCGAUGAAUCCAUUGAAGAGCCUGUCGAGGCGGAUAAUGCCAACGCAACUGAUGCCAUGGAGGGUGUCCAGAGUGAAAUUCCGGGAGCUACCAAUGCAGAAGCACAAGAAACGGAGGUUCCAGCUGUUGAUCGUCCUAGAGUCAUGACUAUGAUUCGAAACACGCCAUAUGAUAUCACAGACCUGGGCAUCGACGCAGAGUUCCUUGCAGAGCUCCCAGAGGAUAUCCGCGAGGAAGUCAUCAUGGCUGCCGUUGCCGAGCGACGUCAACAAGCAACUGCGACAGGUUCACAGCCAACCGACAUUGAACAGGAAUUCCUUGAUGCCCUCCCAGAUGAUAUUCGAGAGGAAAUCAUGCAGCAGGAAGCACAAGAACGCCGACGUCGUGAACGUAACGAACGACGAGAGGCUGCAGCAGCAGCAGGCGGAGCUCCACCAAAUGGAGACAUGGAUCUUCCAAGCAUCCUUGCAACCUUCCCACCAGCUCUUAGACAAGAAGUUCUGAUGGAAGGUGAUGAAGAUUUCAUGGCAUCCUUGCCUCCCGACCUCGCUGCCCAAGCACGUCAAUUACGCAGAGGUCAGCCAGAUCAUGCUGGCCACCCUGGAAGAGCACCUGUAGGCGUCAUUCGCCGUCCAGCUCCUGGUGAAGAAAGUCGAGGGGCUCCUCAGCAACCAAGAGCUCGUCGGGCAAUCGUUCAAAUGUUGGACAAACAAGGUGUAGCAACACUUUUGCGGCUGAUGUUUAUUUUCCAACACAGCAGUUUCCGAAGCACACUCAACUCAGUUCUGCAAAAUGUAGCAUUGAACAAGCACAACCGUGCCGAGCUCAUUAGCACCCUUCUUCAUAUCCUUCAGGAUGGUAGUGCCGACAUGACCGCAAUCGAGCGAAGCUUUUCCUAUCUGUCCGUCAGAGCCAAGCAACCAAGAGAAAAGGAUCCAAAGACCCCUACACAAACUCUUCGACGAACACUUACUGGUCUCGGCUCGCUCGCUCAGACAAAUUCUGAGGCAUCGCCACUCAUGGUAGUCCAACAAUGUUUGACAGCUUUGGUCUACCUUGCUCAAACUAAUUUGCAUGUCGCAUCGUUCUUCUUGACCGAGCACGAGCCAUCUGGUGGACUCAAGCGAAGUCUCAGUCGGAAGGGAAAAGGAAAGGAUAGCAAAGCCCCAAGAUACGCUCUUAACUCUUUGCUCAGUCUUCUAGAUCGUGAUUUGAUCAUGGAGAGCGCAACCAUCAUGGAACAACUUUCGCUCUUACUUAAUCUUAUCACUAGCCCUCUCAUUGCGCUAGAACGAAAGCAAAAAGAAGCUAUCGAAGAAGCAGAAAAGGCCAAGGCGAGCGCAACUGCAGCCGAGACAGCCGAGACGGCUGAAGCCACUGGCUCCACCGAUGCACCCAAUCCUGACAACGUUACCGUAGGUGAGAGUGAGUCCACUGAACAACCACCGGUGGUAUCAGAUGCGACUGCUCCUGUAGAAAACACUUCCGCUGGGUCGACAUCUGCUCCAGUACUUCCGGCACUUGUUAUUCCUACAAGCGCUGAUGCCGGUGAGGCCUCCGUCGUUCCAGAUACCGACUCUUUGAAGCCCGAGGAUACUUCUAAGCAAGAACAGAAGAAGGUUCAUGUUUUCACUCCUCCUGUUGUUCCAGAACACAAUCUUCGCCUGGUUACCAAUAUCUUCUGCUGUGAGUGCAACUCAAAGACCUUCCGCGAGACAUUAUCAACCAUCAAGAAUCUUUCCACCAUUCCUGGCGCGAAGGCCAUUUUCGGAAAAGAACUCAUCGCCAAGGCUCGAGCAUUGGGUGAAGUCAUAUUAAUAGAUCUCGAGGACCUUCUUCCUCAGAUCCAAAAAGCUAGAACCGGAACUGAGAUUCAGGGUGUCGCGUUAGCCAAGUUCUCACCACCGGCAUCCGACCAGCACAAACUUCUACGUGUUCUCACUGCGCUAGAUCAUUUGUUUGAUCCUAAGCGUGAAAAGAAGGAUGAUGCAGCCAGUGAAGCAGAGGUUUCCUCUGAGAUUGUCGAAAAGCAAGAUCUCGUGUCUGGCCUCUAUGAGAACUCCACCUUUGGCCCAAUGUGGGAGAAGUUAAGUGCAUGUCUCAGUACAAUUAGGCAACAAGAUCAUAUGCUUAGUGUCGCCACUAUUCUUUUACCUUUGAUCGAAUCCCUCAUGGUCGUUUGCAAGAACACUACAUUGAAGGACACACCACUUAAUCGAAGUGCAAAGAAUAAGGAAAUGGUUCUUGCUAGUCCCGUUCCAGAGUCUCGAAUGGAGAACUUGUUCUUCACGUUCACCGAAGAGCAUCGAAAGAUUCUGAAUGACCUAGUCCGACAUACUCCAAAGCUCAUGUCUGGUACAUUCUCUUUAUUGGUAAAGAAUCCUAAGGUUCUCGAGUUUGAUAAUAAGCGCAACUACUUCAGCCGCAGCAUUCACAGCCGAAGCCAAGGUUCUCGUGCAGUUCCUCCAUUACAAUUGUCUGUUCGUCGAGAGCAGGUAUUCCACGACUCUUUCAAAUCUCUCUACUUCCAGACUCCUGAUCAAAUGAAGUAUGGCAAAUUAAGCAUUCGUUUCCACGGAGAAGAGGGUGUAGAUGCAGGCGGAGUUACUCGUGAAUGGUUCCAAGUUCUCUCUAGGCAAAUGUUCGACCCUGGCUAUGCUCUUUUCAUCCCCGUGUCUUCUGACCGUACUACUUUCCAUCCAAAUCAAUUGAGUAGUAUCAACGAGGAGCAUCUAAUGUUCUUCAAAUUCAUCGGUCGUAUCAUCGGAAAGGCACUAUAUGAAGGUCGUGUUCUCGAUUGCCAUUUUAGUAGAGCAGUUUACAAGCGCAUCUUAGGCAAGGCUGUUUCAGUCAAGGACAUGGAAUCUUUGGAUCCUGACUAUUAUAAGUCACUCAUAUGGAUGCUUGAGAAUGAUAUCACGGAUAUCAUUACCGAAACCUUCUCCGUUGAUAACGACAAAUUUGGCGUUGUCGAGACCAUUGACUUUAUUGAAGAUGGGCGCAAUGUUCCAGUGACGGAGGAGAACAAGCACGAGUAUGUUCGAUUGAUGGUCGAAUGGAAACUCACAGGAUCUGUCAAAGCACAGCUUGAUGAAUUCUUGAAGGGCUUCCAUGAUAUCAUCCCUGCUGAACUGGUCUCGAUUUUCAAUGAGCAGGAAUUAGAGUUGCUAAUCUCUGGACUACCUGAAAUUGAUGUUGAUGACUGGAAGAGUAACACUGAAUACCACAAUUAUUCGGCAUCUUCUCCACAAAUUCAGUGGUUCUGGCGUGCCAUUCGCUCAUUUGACAAAGAAGAGCGAGCCAAGUUGUUGCAAUUCGUCACGGGAACCAGUAAAGUACCCCUUAACGGUUUCAAGGAGCUUGAGGGUAUGAAUGGUUUCAGUCGAUUCAAUAUCCACCGAGACUAUGGCAACAAAGAAAGACUUCCAUCUUCUCAUACUUGUUUCAAUCAACUCGAUCUUCCAGAAUAUGAAAGUUAUGAGACCCUUCGCGCUCAAGUUCUUACUGCCAUUACAGCAGGCAGUGAAUAUUUCGGUUUUGCAUAA